AUGGAGAAGAACGCCGAUAAGGUCCGCCAUGUCUUCGUCUCCCACGAGGCCAAGCAGAGUAUCGUUGUCCGCCUCGAUCGAACGGCUCAAAAAGAUAUCGAGGCUAUGAUCACCAGUUUUGAAAACGUACUAAAGGAAAAGGUCAAAGCGCCUUGGCUGUCGGAUUGGAUCAAGCCGGGCUUUAGCACUUCGUCUGCCGAGGACGAGCUCACGGCUACGGUGCUCAUGAUGGGUCUUAUGCAGCACUACUUUGAAUACGCGGCCUUGGCGAUUUGUGGUUUGCCUUCCGUGUCACUACUUGGCACCAAGGAUGACUGGAUCAGCCUCCGACGCAAGCUCGACGACUUGUCCAAGUUCGGCGAGGAGCCUGCCGAGUACGCUAGGGUGCUCACGCCGAUCUUGGAUGGUUUCGUCAACACUUGGGAUAACAAAGACUCCCCCGACACAAAGGAAUUCUGGUCCAAGAUCGUCAGCGGGGCGGUAGAGGACCAUAUUUGCACCAGAGUCAACGUCAUCAGCGGCUGGAUCACCGGCUUCUACUUCUGGAACAAGCAAGGGAACAUGAUUGCAAGCCGAGAGCAGCGCGAGAAGCGAAAGGCCGCCACGGUACUGGGCGACGUCAACUACUUAACCCAGAUGGCGGAAAAUCUUCCCGUCAGCUAUGCCAAGGUGCCGGUCAAACUAAUCAGCGAGGGGAUGGAUGCAUACCUGUUAGCCGGUAACGUUGGCGUGUCUAGGACGAUGGCGCCUGACGGCAGGCCCGUCGCCGAGCCCAUGAGUGGCUGGUACUUGUACGGACCCGUGGAUCGAGACUACAAGUUCGAGGGUAAAGGCAGCAACCAGGAGGAGUUGAAUGCAAUUAGUGGUCUGGUCAACCAGUGCAUGAGAGACCAGGGUCUGGGCGACUUGCUUACCAGGGUGGGAAGAAUACAGCCAAUUAGUUAA